CCGAUCUCUAGCUCUGUACCUUAGUCACGAGUAUCUUGCUUUGCCCUUCUAUUUGUCUUCUCGUAUCGUGCAACGCUCGUUGGCGGGUUCCAGGCUGGUAUUAACUAUGGCCACAAUUGCACAAUCGCCGUUCCUCUUUGAUAACCUUGAUGAUGACUCGGCUGAUCUUAUCCUGCAGCUUCAACUUCACGACCUCGAGGAAUUUAAGCAAUCGAGAACCGGCAAGCAGCGUGAAGGUAGCGGAAGCGAUGCCGAAAUUGCAGCGGGACUCCUCGAAGAGACUUUGGGCGACCUUCGCACAUUCCUAGCAGACCGUCGAAUGACAAAAAGCAUUGCGCGGGCUGUCCAAGCUGAUGGGAUAAUCCUUACACAAAGUGCGCUGGAAGAGGAGGCAGCCCAUGAAGAUCAUGCAUUAGCACACCGAUUGAAUGGGACCAACAUUGAUUCAGAAGUCAAGGUACAUUCAGAGUCGAUCGACGAUACGACCUUGUCGAAGCUUGCCGGCCUUUAUGUCUCUGAAGCGCUUGGCCGGGGGACAGAUGAAGAACCUGAGACAUCUACAUGGGCUGCCAUGCGCAGAGAUACCCGCGAUGGCAAUCCCGAUCGGCACUGCGAUGCCUGCCGUGAGCCAAAGAAGUAUUUCGACGUUGUUGCCGCUCCAUGCAACCAUGAAUAUUGCAGAGAUUGUCUCCGCGAUCUCUUUGGCGCAUCAUUGACAGAUGAAAGUCUUUUUCCUCCUCGAUGCUGCCGCCAGAAUAUUCCACUCGAUGCCGUGAGCAUAUUCUUGACUAGUGAACUGAAACAAGAAUUUCAACAAAAGAAGGUCGAGUUCAGCACUCCUAACCGUACAUACUGCAGCCGACCGCAAUGUUCAUUUUUCAUAUCAGCCGAGAAUAUCGUUGACGAAAUUGCCAAUUGUCCUAGCUGCGCCGCUCGAACAUGUACUAUUUGCAAGUCAGAAUCACACGAAGGCCAGGACUGCCCGAGGGACACUGCGCUUCAGGCGACAAUGAAUCUUGCGCGAGACAACGGCUGGCAACGUUGCUACUCAUGUCGACGACUGGUUGAACUGGAUAUAGGCUGCAAUCAUAUAACAUGCCGCUGUGGGCACCAAUUUUGCUACAUCUGCGGAGCACGCUGGAAGACGUGCACAUGUCUUCAAUGGAACGAAGAUCGCCUUUUAGCUCGAGCAAAUCAAGUGGUUCAGCGAGACGUACCGCAACUUCCAGCUAAUAACCCAGAUCGUAUUGGGCGAGUGCAAGAGGCAGCGCGGAUACUUCGAGAUCGACACAACUGCGCACAUCAGACUUGGCGAUAUAUACCUGGACCUCACCAGUGCGAAGAAUGCUACUUUCACCUUCCAAAAUACAUCUUUGAGUGUAGGCAGUGCCGCAUCUUGGCUUGCAACAGGUGCAGGAGGAACCGACUUUAGUCCUUGUCAGAUAUUCUUGUCGAGGAAUUGUGAGAGAGAUGACUGGCCUGGAACAUGCUUGGAAUCAAAACUUUCUAUCUGUCCAUAUAUUCCUGCAUCAAUUUAUC